GUAAUAAUGAUCUAGAAUUCCUAGAUAGAAAAAUGCUCAUCAAACUUUCAUUUGUAUCUAGAUCUAAAUCUAGUUAAAAGCUCAGUCCCAGUUUUGAAGUGAUUGGCUCAAACAUGGAGGGAGCCACGUCAUGGCUACAACAGUACUACAAUGCUAUUUCCUGUGGCCUGGAGCGUCUGUACACAAGUGGGGCACACUCAGAUACAACCAUUAUUGUUGGGGAGAAGACCUUCCAGUGCCAUAGAGUCAUACUCUGUGCCAUAUCGCCAUACUUUGAUGCCAUGUUUUCAUCUGGCAUGAAGGAAAGUGUUUCCGGCAUUGUGAAGAUAGAAGGCACAGACAGUGCUAUUUUUGAGGCCAUACUUGACUACAUUUACAAAGGGACAGAUUCUGUAAAUGAAGGCAAUGCUGAAGCCAUAUUGAAGGCUGCUUGCCUGCUGCAGAUGGAAUGUCUUCAAAAAAGGUGUGAAGAGUUCAUCUGUAAAACUCUAACUAUAAACAACUGCUUUGAACGGUGGCGCUUAGCUAUCUGGCACUGUAGUCAACACCUAAAGCAGCAGGCCUGGAAGUUCAUCAUGUCAAAUUUUGUCAAGAUUUCUCAGCAGGAAUAUUUCCUGACUCUGGAGAAAGACGAGCUCAUCUCAAUCAUAAAGGAAGACGAGCUGAACUGCCCCAACGAAGAGUUUGUCAUAGAAACUGUUCUCAAGUGGGUGCAGCAUGACCUAGAGGUCAGAGGUCAACUCCUGGGGGACAUUUUCCCAUAUCUGCGGCUGCCGCUAACCAAACCCCAGUUCCUGAUAGAUAUUUUGAGAAAGUAUGCUGUUGUCAAAGAACACACGGAAUGCCACAUGUAUAUAGAUCAUGCCAAGAAUUUUCAGCUCUUGCCAGCACAUCGCCAUGACAGCAGUAGUCCGGUGACGUCAUACAGAAAAACAUCCCAGUAUGAAGAUGUUCUGGUUGUUAUUUCUGGUGGAGAAUCUCCCAGGCCACCCUACAUUAGAUCUAAGAAUGUUCUGGCUUUUGGAUUCUAUAGCCGUAAAUGGUUUCGUCUCUCACCUUUACCCUACGACCCAGGCAUUGAAUUUGCCACAUGUGUGCACAACAACGAUAUCUUUGUAACUGGGGGAGGCUUGUUCAAAUCUUGUUUCUUGCGGUUCCGUUCUAAGAAAGAUAAGUGGUCCCAGUGUAGGGCUAAGCUGAAAAAUGGCAGGAGGAGACAUGCAAUGGCUGCCUGUGGAAAUAAGAUCUAUGUGAUUGGUGGCUACAACAGCGAGCUUGGCCAGGGCACCAAAGUCCUGAGUUCUAUAGAAGAGUUUGAGCUAGGCUGUAGCGAGUGGAUGGAAGUAGCACACCUCAUUAUUCCUGUGAGCUCAAUAUCAGCCACCGCCACCAAGGAUAAGGUCCUUGUGUUUGGGGGUGAGACCAACGACCGCACAGAUACAGCUUCAAUUCAAUGUUUUGACACGCUGACGCACUCAGUCAGCAUUGUUGCACAACUUCCCCUGGCAUGCAAGUUGACCCGGGCAACAGUUUGUAACAAUUGUAGCUACAUCAUUCUGUACAAUGGGAAAAUUGUCCAGUUUGACCAUCGGACUGACACUGUCAAAGUCAUGGGUCACAUUCAGAACUUUGACUGUGUCCAUUACGGCUUGGUUCAUCGUAGAGGUUCUCUGCUACUUCUGGGUGGUCAGAGGAUCAUUCCUGGCCCCAAUCCUAUCCGAGCUCUAGUGGACACAAUGUUGCUGUACGAUGUAAGGAAUCAGAGAGUUAUCAUGCUGAAUGACCGCAUACCCACACCAAGGCUGGUGGACAGCUGUGCCAAAAUCACCAUUGAGAAAAAGUUUCUUGUAACAGAGUACACUGAGGCCACGCCAGGAUCCUAGGUGCCAUUUGUUGUUUAAUUGCAUCUAGCUAGUGUCAGGCUCCUGGGUACAGGGAAAUAAUUCCAGGUUUAUAGGUACUAUUUGUUGUACUGAGUACAUUGGAUCCAUGGCUAGCUUCUAGAUACUGUGAAGAGAGAGGCAGUGUAUGUGUGUUAUACUGAAUAGAUUGAGGCUUCAAUUGCUGCUACUGUGUUGUUUACACUCUGUGUUCACCUUCUCCACCAAUUGAUAGAUACCACUAGCCUUACAAGAUUUACUUAACUUUAUCAACAUUCUAACAUGUAUUUAUUAGAGUUGUUUUUGUCAACUGUUUAUUAACAUUUGUGUAGCUUUUGAACCUAACUCUUGUGUUUACUAAAAGAACAUUAUUUUGAUUAUGACUCAACAAAGUAAAACUAUUACUAUUAGAAAGAGAGAUGAAUUCUAUUAGGCUGCAGAAAUCUGUGUGUAGUUGAUUAAACAUGCUGUUUAGGUUGGUGUUUAAAUUUGCUUCGGCUGCUUCACUUGUAUGAAUUAGCAUUCUAAGAAUAAUAAUGUGUUUGUAGGCAAACUAAAAACUUCAGUGGCUGUUGACUAUGUCUGUUCUAUUUUCAAACCACUGUUUAUUGGGACCAAGUAAACUCUUCUCUACCUUUUAAUAUACUAUGAGUUAGGUUUUGUUUUGUAAAUCAAACUGUAUUCAUGGUUAUAGUAUUCUAGCCAGAUUAUGAGUUUUUUAAAAUAAAUAUAUUAUAAAAUAUAGUGUAUUUGGUUCAUAUCUAAGGAGAUUUUUACUAUUUUGUAAGUAUUAUGGACAGAUGUUGAUGCCUAAAAAAGUUAUUCUGUAUACCAGUUAACACUCAGCUAACACAACAUGGCUACAGGACAUUACCCCCCC